AUGUUGAUUAUUGGGGUGUUGAAGGGCGAACGAACGUCUCGUCAGGUGCUUCCGCGUUUGGAUGAUUUGUCAUUACGUCAUCGACGCGCUCUCUCAUCGCCGCCUGCUCGACCUACAUUCCCUCGACACGUCCAUUUCGAUGGAAUUUAUCCCAAGAGCGCCACUAUGGGUGUCACCGGCCUCUGGACUGUUCUACAGCCCUGCGCGCGGCCCAUCAAGAUCGAGACGCUGAAUAAGAGGCGCAUUGCUGUCGAUGCCUCAAUCUGGAUCUACCAAUUCCUCAAAGCUGUACGCGACAAAGAGGGCAACGCGUUGCGCAACAGCCAUAUCGUCGGUUUCUUCCGCCGAGUAUGCAAGCUACUUUUCAUUGGCAUCAAGCCUGUCUUUGUGUUCGACGGCGGCGCACCGGCGCUCAAACGACAAACCAUCAGCCACCGCAAGUCACGUCGUGAAGGUAAACGAGACGAUGCAGUUCGGACUGCGGGGAAGCUGUUGGCAAUACAGAUGCAGAAGGCUGCUGAGGAGGAGGAGCGCAAGAGGAAAGAGGCAGGCAGGCGCCCGAGAGAAGAGCAGGAAGAGGAACUACCGGAGAACCUGGUGUAUGCGGAGGAGAUCUUGCAGACACAACAGGAGCGGACAGAGAACCGGAAGUUCAAAAAGAAGGACCAGUACCAUCUGCCUGAUCUAGGCGUGCCUAUGUCGGAGCUAGGUGGUGAUGAUCCCCGGAUAAUGUCGCUCGAGGAGCUAGAAGACUACGCAAGGCAAUUCGACAGAGGCGAAGAUAUCAACGUCUACGACUUCUCCAAGAUCGACUUCGACGGCAUCUUUUUCCAGAGUUUACCACCUGCAGACCGAUACAACAUCUUGAACGCAGCCAGACUGAGAAGUAGGCUGAGGAUGGGCUAUUCCAAAGAUCAGCUCGACGCCAUGUUUCCUGACCGAAUGGCCUUCUCGCGCUUUCAGAUUGAGCGCGUACGCGAGCGUAGCGACCUUACUCAACGGCUCAUGAAUCUUAAUGGCAUGAACGAUGACACGACCUUCGGCACCAACCGUAUCGCAGGAGAUAAGAACAGAGAAUAUGUGUUGGUUAAGAAUGAUGGAGUUGAAGGAGGAUGGGCACUCGGUGUUGUUACGAACAAGGAUGAGGGCAAAGCACACAAGCCGAUCGAUGUUGACCUGCCGUCACGGGCUGCAAAGGUUGAGGAAGACUGGGAGAGCGAGGACGAGUUUGAGGAUGUUCCUAUAGAAGGCCUGAAUCGACUACCCAAAGCUAAGCCUGGCCCCAGCCGUGAGACUGUCGAGGGUCGCGAAUUCAUCUCGAAUGAAUUGAGGAGGCGGCGCCAGACCUUCUACAAGUCAAGAAAGAGCAGACCGACCCAGGCCCAACCCAAAAGGGCUGUCCCCGUUAGAGAGGAUCCCGACUCAUUGUUUUUGGCCGAGGACAACGAAGAGGAGCAAUGGGAGAAUGUGCCGACCAACGGCGAAAAUGAUUUGUUCGAAGCAACUGGUGACAACGCAGAAGAAGAGCAACUGCAACAAGCCAUCGCCCUCUCAAUGCAACAGAACAACGAAAAGGAAGCAGAAGAUGAGGUCGAUGAGCGCCCGGCUCUUGAAGAACAUCAACAACAGCGCGCUUUAGAGACAAAUCCUUUCAAGGCUGCUAAAGGGUACAGAGGAUCGGCAAUUGGUCGGCUAGCAAACCAGCGUGCCAACAAGCUUGCGCCCAAAGGACCGUUCGAGGGUAGCGACAGCGAAGAGGAUGAAAUGGACUUGCAAGCAGCUUUGGCUGAAUCACGACAGUCCAAGAGGCCCACCAAGCCGCAGAGAUUACCGGUCCCACCUAGAGCGCCUGCAUCUGCAGUCGAGACAGAUGAACAGCCCGAAUCCAUCAACACACAUGGCUUUGACGGACCACUACCAUUUGAGAAGCUCAAUCUUGGCACCUCGCUUCUCGGCAAGAAGAAGAUGGAAAAGAUUCAACAGGAUACUGCAGGUGGUUUCGAGAAGGACACUGAAGAGAAGAAGGAGUCUGUGCCAUUGCCGCCGUGGUUCAAGGGUGAACGUGAUAUCGCUCAAGAGCUUGAUGAAUACCGUGACGAAGAAAAGCGAGAGUGGGAAAAGGAUCGCAAGGAUGAAAAAGAGCAGUUCCAAUUCCAGCAACUGCCCCGUCUACGAAAGCAAGAAGCGAGAGAAGUCAUUGAUUUGGACGCCGAUCCUAGUCAGAGCCAGAAGGAGAAGCAGAUCAUUGCUAUGGACUCGGACGAAGAAGAUGACGCCGAGAUGGAGGAUGUAUCAACCAGCUAUGGUCAGGCAGAUAACCCAACAGAAGACGAUCAAGUAAGAAUGAGUGACAUGGCGGACACGGUCCGAGCAGAACCGCCAAAGCUGCUUGCGGACGACCAAAGAGCACCUCCCAUACAAGACCCUAAGCUGGUCAAGAAAAUGCCAUUUGCAGAUGACUCCGACGAGGAUCCGGUCGACUGGUCGGAAAGCGAGCCUGAAGAUGGAAAACGUGCCCCUUCUCAGAGAGUGCAGUACAAGACAGCACAGAAGGUCUCUUCACCAUCCAAAUCCCCAUCGCCAGAGUUUGAGGACGUCCCUAUGAAUACCGACUUGACACCUGCCUCAGCACCAGCUGAAAUAGCUCAGAAGUCAACGUCCCCUGAAUUUGAGGACGUGCCUAUGCACACUGAGCCAGCAGACGCUCCGAAGUCACCAUCACCAGAUUUUGAGGAUGUCCCAAUUGCUGCACCUGCGCGCAGGCCUCGUCGUGAGCCAUCUCCUGCCUUUCUCCAAAGCCCUGACGAUCUUGAGAUCCCUGUCGUUCCGCAUGGCGGGCUUGCAGAUGAUAACGCGCCUCUCGACCUACCUGGCAACGACUCUGAUCAAUAUUCAGACCCCGAAGACGAAGAGCUGUUCGCAUCCCUAGCAGCUGAAGCUGAAGAGCACAACCGUUUUGCCCAAGAAAUCAACAAUGCCGCAUCUCAUGUCGAUUUCGAGACUGAGCUCAAGCAGCUCCGCGCCCAACAGAAAAAAGACCGUCGCGACGCUGACGAAGUAACGCAAACCAUGAUCUCCGAGUGCCAACAUCUCCUCUCCCUCUUCGGCCUCCCCUACAUCACUGCCCCCAUGGAAGCUGAGGCGCAAUGUGCCGAGCUCGUCACCCUCGGCCUUGUAGACGGUAUUGUAACUGACGAUUCCGACACUUUCCUUUUUGGUGGCACACGUGUCUACAAAAACAUGUUCAACGCUGCCAAGUUCGUUGAAUGCUAUCUUGCCAACGAUCUAACGUCGGAAUUCAGCCUAACCCGCGAGAAGCUCAUUGCGAUCGCGCAGCUCCUCGGCUCCGACUACACAACCGGCAUUCCAGGUAUUGGACCUGUUACCGCGCUCGAAAUCAUAUCCGAAUUUCCAAACCUGGAGGACUUCAAGGACUGGUGGACCGGUGUGCAGAACAAUACUAUCCCCAAGGAAGUAGACGCUUCGAAUGUCUUCCGCCGCCGGUUCCGCAAGAGCCAGGCAACCAAGCUCUUCUUACCUCCGGGCUUCCCUGAUCCCCGUGUCGCUGAUGCAUACCUCAACCCGGAAGUUGAUUCUGAUCCACAGCCAUUCCAAUGGGGUGUGCCCGAUCUUGCUGCCUUACGCUCCUUCCUCAGCGCUCAGAUUGGCUGGAGCAGUGAGCGCACGGACGAAGUCCUCGUACCCGUCAUCAAAGACAUGAACCGCCGCGAGAAAGAGGGCACACAGGCCAACAUCACAAGAUUCUUCGAAGGCAACGUUGGGGCCGGCGCAUUCGCGCCGAGAGUCAGGGGCAAUACAACCGGCAGCGGGCCGAGCGGGAAGAAGAAAGGCAAAGCAGCUGCAGGCAAAAGACUAGGCGCUGCGCUGACGCGGCUGGCCGAGCGAGAGGGUGCAAGGGGCGGCAUAGACGAAGAAGAUGAUGAUGAUAAAGACACGGCAGACGUGCCUACCACCGGAGCCAGUACCGAGCCAACAGAGACCGUUGCAGCGAAGCGCUCGAAGCGGAAAGCUCCCAUCUCACUAGCUGCUCUUGACGACGAGCACCGGGAGGAGGACAAUGAUGACGACGAAGACGCAGCGUAUCAAGAACCGAAGAAGAAGAAAGCAAAGAGGACGCGCAAGGCCAAGGCCUAA